AUGGCGAACCUCCCAGUGCAACACCCAAACCUCUCCCUCCACCUAACCGACCGCGCCCUCAACCCGCUCAUAACCUCCUCCUCCUCCUCCUCGCGCAACAGCCCAUCACAGCUCCAAGCUCUAACCUCGCUCUCGCACACAGCGCUCAACGCGCACGAGUCGGCCCUACGACUAGGUCUCGGCAGCGCGCAGCGCAUCAUGGUUGAGCACGCGGACGGGGGACCCGUACUGCUGCAGACAUUUCUCAACUCCAAGCCUUCUUCUGCCUCUUCCUCUUCGUCCGUAGCAGUAGCAGCAGCGGUUGGGAGAAUAACGACAGCGACAAACGGGAUGGCACGCCUCUCAAUCGCGAACGGAGACGACCAGCAGGAACCCGGCGCCCUCGCCCUGGCUGCCUCGACGCGCAAUGGGGGUCUCGAGGACGCCUCGCCGCUGACUCUCUCAUCGACGAGCCCAUACACCACAACCGCAGGCCCGAGCAACAGCAGCAAUAACCCCCACCUCCGCGGCGGUGCCGACGACCCACAGACCCUCCACCUCGACAACAACAACCCCAACAACGAGCAAGCAGAACACGACGACGACGAAGAAGACGCCAACACACCGCCCAUGCUGGUAGGUCUCGUAGUAGCCCCCAGCGCCGACGACACGCUCGACGCCCGCCGCGCGGCCGCGAGACUGGAGCGCGUGGGGCGGGAGAUACAGAGUCGGUGGACGGAGGUCCAAGACCAAAGUCGGAAUCAAAGUCAAAGUGAAAACCUGAGCCAGAGACAAAUCCGGGGCCGGAGCCGGCGGCAGCGUGGAGGAGCAGGUGGUGGUGUUGGUGGUGGUGAAGACGUUGCCGGGGACUGA